AUGGCACUAUUACAAUGGCCUCUGAUGAGAUAUUAUGUUGAAGACACAAAGCCUAUUUGCGUUUUGAUAUUAUUUCACCGCUAUCAAUUUGCAGCUUAUGCAAGUCCUAUAUUGAAGUUGAGUAUGCAAUUUUUUUAUGAAGAUGGACAAGGGCAUGUUGUUGAUGUACAUGGCGUUGAGCCGAUGGAUCUUGUUGUUGAUGAGGAGUUGUAUGCUAUUGACACAAUAAGUUCCCGUACUCAAUUCUUAAUGAAUAAACCUCCAGAAAGGCCAUCUAAUCCCGUUAUACUUCCAGUUGCGGAUGAAAUAAACUAUCAUAUUGAUAUGGAGUUAUGCAAUAAGCGACGCUAUACGGUUUACUCUGAUGAAGACAAGACUAGAUUUUUCAUUAUUUUUCAGCAAAUGCUUGAAUGCUUCUGCUGCUGCGAGACAAUUGGGCAUUCAUAUCCGGGCAGUGCAGAGAUGGGUUAA